AUGCUAAAACUAAAACGAACUGAACGUAAUGGAAAACGUUUAUGGCCACAUGAGCAAUGGUCUGAACGAGAUUUAGUUAAUUAUCCACCAUAUAAACUUCGCGAAGUACUCAAUGCAGUUCGAUGGUAUUGUGUACCUGAAACAUGGUUUAAAUUUUGUUAUGAUAAAACUGAUGUUACCGGAUCCUAUAUGUUUUUCUAUGGUUUACUUAUUUAUGGUUUCAAUAAAGAACAUACUGUUUUGUGGUAUGAUUUUACUGAAUAUCUUAUUUUGGCUGCAGCUGUUAUUACUGUGGUUAAAAAACUUGGUCCAACAGUUGGUGAUGUUUUUCGAGAUUGGCAUCAAGAAGAAGUUGAUCGAUAUACUUCAGUUGUUAAUAAUUCCAAAGCAAUAGCUGGUAAAAUGUUACACGCUUAUGAAGAAUCAUUAGAGCAAGCUAAAAGUAUUGAUCGACUAAUUAAUAUAAAAAUGAAAAAAUUAAAUAUUCGUCAAUCUGGUAUUGGAACAUUAAUGAAAUAUCGUCCAUUUAUUUCAUCAGAUUCAAAAUAUGUAUUUACAAUUGGUGAUAAAUGUAUUUAUGUAUGGAUUGUUAAAACAGGUGAAUGUUUAAGAUUAAUUAAUAAUAAUUCAAAUUCAUCUGAUCAACAAUCAAUUAUUUCUAUGGCAAUUAAUCCAACCAAUCAACUUCAAUUAUGUGUUGGUGAACAAAAUGGUAAUAUCAAUAUUUGGAAUUAUGCCGCGCGGAUUCUUAUCCAUACAAUAAAAGUUGAAAUGGAAUUAGUUGAAUUAUAUUCGAUAUCAAAUAAUGUAUAUUCUCUUCAUCGAAUUGAAUCAAUUUGUCGUAACCAAAAAUGUUUACCUAUUGUUUUAUUUGAUAAACUUUCAUGUUUACCAACAUAUAUUUCAUUUGAUCAAAAAGGUGAAUUAUGUGUAUUUGUGAAUAAUGGUGGAACAAUUAUUUAUUUAUUUAUUAAAUAUAAUAAAUAA